AUGCGUAUUCUCGUUAUUGGCGGCAAUGGACAGACUGGUCGUCUCGUCAUCGAUGAAGCAUUGCAGCGCGGCCAUAAGGUUACUGCCUUGAUUCGCAAUCCCUCUGCCCUUCCAGCCAUGGAAGGCCUGAAUAUCGUGAAGGGCACACCCGUGGAACCUUCGAACGUUGAAAGCGCUUUCAACGCAGUCCAGGGCGACCUCCCAACUGCCGUGAUCGUCACACUUUCGUCCCCAAGAGAAAAGGGGACUCGAGUCAUGUCUCACGCGCACGAAAACCUCGUCGCUAUUAUGAAAAGGCAUGGUGUUUCCAAAAUUGCGACACUGUCUUCAUUUGGAGUUGGCUCUUCUCUCGCGAAUAUCAAUGUGCUUAUGAAAUGGGCAAUUGCCCAUACCAGCCUUGGGCAUGCAUUCGCGGACCAUAAUCAUGUCGAUGAGAUACUCAAGAAGAGCGGAUUGGAAUUCGUGGAGUUGAGGCCAGCGAGAUUGACUAUGGGCAAAAAAGCGCCCGUCCAGUUCCUUGGCGACGAGGGGAAAGGACUCGGUAUUUUCGCAGGCCUGGGGGGGGAUCUCGAGGGCUAG